AUGGCGCCUUGCCAGCGAUGCGGUGUGGGAAACAGGAGCGGUCGGGGACCGGGGUGGUGCAGCGAUCCACGCUGCCGCCAAGCCGAGAAAGAAGAGCGUCAGGCAGAAGAAAGCGCUAAGCGAAAAGCUCGGCAACAGGAACGGGUGGCAAAGGGAGGUGGCAGCCGCGGGCCUUUGCCCCCUCAAGGGGUCAGCCGACAAGCGCAGAGGCUUCAGCUGCAAGCCGAACGUGCUGAGCAUGGGUUUGCAAGCCGGGGGCCAAAACCAGAGGCGGACAACCGCGAAGCACAGAGGCUUCAGCUGCAAGCCGAACGUGCUGAGCACGGGUUUGCAAGUCGCGGGCCCUUGCCCCCUCAAGGGGUCAGCCGACAAGCGCAGAGGCGUGAGCUGCAAGCCGAACGUGCUGAGGACGGGUUUGCAAGCCGUGGUCCGAAGCCCAUUGCAACUGAGAUCCAGAAGCAGGGGUACCCGUUUCCUGAUGAAGAUGAGCUGACGCCUGAACAAGUGGAUGCUCACUACCUUGCAUUCGUGCGUAGUUGGGGCAGAUUCGGGCUGUCGCGUGUUUGCGAGAAGUGUCGGACCCUUACCCCUGCAAAGCACGUCUGCCCGGCCAAAGGAACCAAGCAGAUGCUUUGCAAAAGGUGCCGCGAAGAUUCUACGAAGAUCAUCCUGCCAGAUGUGCCAACUGCGCCAGAGGCACUCCAGAUACUGAGGCCCAUCGAGCAGCACCUGAUCGCCAUGGCUCGGAUCUCGCAAGUCCUCAUCGACAAACUCCCGUCAGGUGGCCCCAGCGCACAGUGGGGCCGCAUGUACGCCGUACUCAUGGAGGACCCUUUCAUCUGUGACGUAUUGGAGGGAGCCAUGCUGGAGGAAGAUGGCACAGUCUUCGUCCAAGGAGUUCAAGGCUUGACU